AUGGAAAGCAUAUGCCCGAUUUGCUCAAGACUGAUACGGGCUUCGAGACUAGUGCGCCAUGUCAAUAGCUGCUUGGAUAACCAGUCACCUGAUGAUGAAGAUGGAGACACUUCAACCACAUCGAUCGAGUUGAUUGACACAAAAUCAAGAAAACGCGACAUGUUCAGUGCCCUUGGGUUGAGAGCUGGUCUGGCUCAGACACCAGUGUCGAACAAGAAGAAGCGGACCCGAUACGAACCUUCAAGGCAGCAGCUGCAGCAGCUGCUGCCGAGAGCUGUUGCUGGUACUGAUGUGAAGGAAGAAGAAGCAGAAAAAAAGAAUCCAGCAGAAGCUGUCACCACGCUAAGGGAAGAAAUCAUCGCUGUCGCGGGAGAGGAAUUUGAGAAGAGGAAGGAGAGGCAGCAGCAGUCAACGGCGGCAGCAGCGACUAGCCCCGAUUCCAAGGAGACACCAGAACAAAUUAGACUGCAGCUGGAAGCACGAGAUAAACAAAAACACCUAGCUGAGCUACGUCGAAGAGCAAAUAUCCCGUUGGCUCACCGUCUACGGCCGAAAACCCUUGAUGAAUUCAUCGGGCAGGAGAAGCUCAUCGGCGAGAAUGCACCCUUGCGAAACAUGAUCAAGGCAGAUGCAGUUCCUUCUUUCUUACUUUGGGGUCCACCCGGUUGCGGUAAAACCACCAUGGCGCGGAUAAUUGCCAAGUCGACCAAUUACAAGUACGCGGAGCUUUCCGGGGCAGAUAGUAACGCCACUAGCUUGAAAGAGGCGUUCACGCAGGCCGAGAACUUGAAGCGGUUGACGGGGCAGCGUACGCUAUUGUUCCUUGACGAGAUUCAUAGGUAUAACAAGGCAGUGCAAGAUUUGCUCUUGCCCGUGAUUGAAAAGGGUACAUGUACGGUGAUUGGCGCCACCACCGAAAACCCUUCUUUUACUUUGAACAACGCGCUUUUGUCUCGAGCGCACACGUUUGUGAUGGAACCCUUGAGCACGGCGUCGAUUGUUCGGAUAUUGACCCGGGCCUUGUUUGACGUCAACCAGUUGCGUAAGCAUCUAUUCAACUUGCACUACAUGACUCUAGAGGACCAAGCGUUUCAGCACAUUGCUGAACUUUGCAUGGGAGACUCGCGAGUGGCAUUGAAUGUGCUAGAGACGGUCAACGCCUACUUGUCGACAGAACUGUUUGCUCCUAAACUCGACAAGAAUGAAGGCAAGCAAGGAGUUGUUAAAGUCACAGAACUGGGCCUUAAGCAAAUAUUGCAGUCGAGAGACUUUCAUCUGAUAUACGAUAAGAAAGGCGAUGGGCAUUAUGACGCCAUUAGUGCGUUCCAAAAGACAAUAAGAGGCUCAGACCCGGACGCGGCUAUUUUCUAUCUCGUGAAGAUGCUCUCCGGUGGCGAGGAUCCUUUGUUCAUCAUGAGAAGAUUGAUUGUGAUUGCUAGUGAGGACAUUGGCUUGCGGGAUAGUUCAUGCUUGCCCUUUGCCUUGGCUGCAAAGGAAGCGUUGGAGUUUUUGGGAAUGCCCGAAGGUGAAAUAGUAUUGGCUCACUGCACCAAUAAGCUAGCACUUGCUCCGAAAUCGACAAAGUCGUACCGCUCGCUACGCGCGGCUCAGGGCCUAUUGAAAGAAAAGCCGGACAUUACUCGUCUCCCAGUACCGAUUCACUUACGAAACGCCCCCACGGCUCUCAUGAAAGAAAUGGGUUUUGGAGAAAAAUACAAGUACAACCCAAAUUACGAAAAUGGGCUAAUCAAGCAGAAUUACUUUCCUGACGGCAUGCAACCGGUCAAGCUAUUAGAAGCCACGCAUUUGGGGAAGAUGAGGGACGAAGAAGUAUCGGAUGAAAAGUAUCAGCAGGCAAGCGCGGCUGUUCAAGAUUACGAAUCUUACAAGUUGCGAGUGAAAUCUCACCAGAGAGAAGCAAAAGCCAGAAACUCCAAAAUCGCCAGCGCGCAAGAUGAUUUGGAUUUGCCGUCCGAGCCAGAGUUGCAUCAAGAGUCGUUUGGCGUGACUACUUCUUCUCGCGACGGAGAAGUGUUUUCGGACGAUCCUGAUAGCACCAAUAACUUUGGCAAAACAUAUGAUGAGUUUUUAGAUAGAGACUCCCAACCAGAUUAUUUCGAUGAGGUAGACGACGAGGAAGUUAGGGAAGUUGAAGUCGGAGAAAUUGAGGACUUCUAA